AAAAACUUGUUUUUUAAAUUUUAAUAACAAAUUUAUAAUGGAGCACAUUGUUGAUCUUGGUUUUAUUGAAGAGUGUGAAUCUUGGCGACUUGAUUCACGUUUUUUUUCAAGUAAAGUUGGAGGAAAACCAUCAUGGCUUGAUUUAAAAAAUAUACCUGGUUGUGAUAUUGUUAAAUGUAAAAAAUGUAAUGAUCCAUGUAUUUUUUUAUGUCAAAUUUAUGCUCCAUAUGAAAAUGAUGAUAGUGGAUUUCAUAGAGUAAUAUUUAUAUUUGUUUGUAAAAAUAAUAAUUGUUGUCAGGAUAAUAAUAGUGAUAACUUUGUUGUAUUAAGAUCACAAUUACCAAGAGAAAAUGAAUUUUAUUCUUCUGAUCCACCUGUAGAGAGACAAGAUUGGCAGCCAGACAUAACUGCUGAUAAAUGGAUGAAAAUAUGUCAUGUUUGUGGACUUGCAGCACCAAGUAAAUGUUCGAAAUGUAAAAAAAUUAAUUACUGCUCAAGAUCACAUCAAAUACAUGAUUGGAAAAAUGGACAUAAACAAAGCUGCAAUGAUACAAAUACAGAUAUUAUUGAUAAUAAAAGCUCACUAUUAUUUCCAGAAUAUGAGCUGGUUAUUGAAUCUGAAAAAAUAUCUGAUGAUGAUGAUGGUGAUGUAAAGAGUGAACUUGAAAAAGAAAAUAAAGAAAUUGAAAUAUUUAAUUCAAUGUUGGAAUCUGGUAAUGCUGGUAGUUUACAAAAUGAUCAAGAUGUUGAUGCUGAUUUAUUAAAAAUAUCAACAAAUGAAGAAGAUGAAAAUUUUAUUGAUUUUCGUGCUAAAAUAAAUAAACAACCAGAUCAAGUUUUAAGAUAUAAUCGUGGAGGUAAACCACUCUACAUAUCAUCAAAAAAUAAAAUAAAUAACAUUCCAAAUUGUGAAGAAUGUGGUGGCUCAAGACAAUUUGAAUUUCAAAUAAUGCCACAAUUAUUAAAUGAUCUGGAAUUAAAUCAUGAAUUAAAUAGUUUAGAUUGGGGUAUACUUGCUAUUUUUACAUGUGAAAAAUCAUGUGUUCCAAAGUCUGGUUAUGCUAAAGAAUAUUUAUGGAAACAAGAUAUUAUUGAUACUAAAAAUGACCAACAAUAA